AUGACGUCGAUCGCUACUUUCCGGCAGACACCACGCCUAUCAAGUGAGGGUACUGUUGACGAUGGAAAUGCAAGCCGGAUCAGGACCGGUCAGACGGUGGAGCUGUUGGAGCGGCCCAGCGACCGGCCGGGAUGGUGUCUGGUCCGGACCACAGACAAAACCCCCCCUCAGGAGGGAUUGGUGCCCAGCAGCGCUCUGUGUAUCUCUCACUCUCGCAGCAGUGUGGAGAUGGACUGCUUUUUUCCAGCAGGCAAAGAAAACUAUGCGAUUAGCGGCCCAGAAGGGAAGACCGAGUCCGUGGCCACAUUACAGCCGCAGGCAUCCCUGAACUCCCUGCAGAGCAGCUCCCCUGGACCCAAGCGCUCUGGGAAUACACUGAAGAAAUGGUUGACCAGCCCAGUCCGGCGCCUUAGUCACGGAAGCAACAUCAAGAAAAUCCCUAGCAAACAGAAGCAGAAACGUGAUGGACGUAAGAGCGUUGAUCUGGGACCGCCUGAGCUACAGGAUGACACUCUGGAGGAGAGAGUGUGUAAAGAAAAAGGAACACUCUCCAAAUCUUCGUCAGGGAUGCACAGCGGAGGAGAGGAAGAGCCUGAGGACGAGUCCCACACUCCCCUCCCUCCACCAAUGGAGAUCAUCAAAGAUCCGUCUGCUCAGGAAGAGAAGUCGUCUGUGCUGCUGGCUUCACGGCAGAGCUCGGCUGACGUCCCCAGUGCUGCUGAGCUUGUCAGUGCUAUAGAAAAACUGGUCAAAACUAAGAUGACACUGGAGCCAGGCUCGUACCCAGGAUUCAGCUCAGUGAACCCAGCAGAGCAGAGCCCAGUGCCUCCCAGAGACCCGGAACUGGAGCAGAAAGCCAAAGCACUGCGUGGACGAAUGUUUGUUCUCAAUGAAUUAAUCCAGACAGAAAAAGACUACGUGAAAGAUUUGGGUAUCGUGGUCGAGGGGUUUAUGAAGAGGAUAGAGGAGAAAGGAGUUCCUGAUGACAUGAAAGGAAAAGAUAAGAUCGUCUUUGGAAACAUUCACCAAAUCUAUGACUGGCACAAAGACUUUUUUGUUGGUGAACUGGAAAAAUGUCUUGAAGAUCAAGAAAAACUGCCCGGGCUGUUCUGUAAACAUGAGAGAAGACUGCACAUGUAUGUGGUUUACUGCCAAAACAAACCCAAAUCUGAAUUCAUUGUUGCAGAAUACGAUUCAUACUUUGAGGGGAUUCAGCAAGACAUCAACUCAAGACUGGGCAUCAGUGAUUUUCUCAUUAAACCCAUUCAGAGAAUCACUAAAUACCAGCUUUUAUUAAAGGACUUCUUGAAGUACAGCGCAAAGGCAGGAUUGAAUUGUCAGGAUAUAGAGAGAGCAGUAGACCUGAUGUCCCAGGUGCCCAAGCUGUGCAAUGACAUGAUGAACCUGGGAAGACUGCAAGGAUUUGAGGGGAAGUUGACGAGUCAGGGAAAGCUCUUGCAGCAGGAGACGUUCUUUGUGACGGAGCAGGACUCUGGUGUUCUGUCCCGCAGUAAGGAGCGCAGGGUAUUCCUGUUUGAACAGAUCGUCAUCUUCAGCGAGCUCUUACGCAAAGGCUCAUCCACGCCAGGAUACCAGUUUAAAAAGAGCAUCAAGGUGAGCUUGCUCAGCCUAGAAGAGCAUGUUGAAAACGAUCCAUGCAAGUUUGUGCUGUCGUGUCGUGGGUCAGCCGAACGUUUCACCCUGCAAGCAGCAAAUACGGACAUUAAACAGGUCUGGGUUCAGCAUAUCACCGAGCUACUAGACUUGCAGAGCAACUUCUUGUCAGCUCUGCAGUCUCCCAUCGAGUAUCAGAAGGAGCGCAGCGGCUCUCAGUCUCUGACCCGAAACUCCUCCAGCGGUGGGCGAAUGGGUCAGGCCAACAGCAGGCCCAGCUCCACUGUGUCACUUGGGGCAGAGAAACCCACUCUGUCUGGACAGAGCUCCACUCCAAUAAAGCUAACUACCUCCAACGGUGGUCCAUGCCACGGCUCGGACAGAUACCACAGGCAGUUUGGUGGUGUGGGCUGUAACGGUACGUCGUCCUCCUUGAUGGUGACUCAGGACUAUAAUGCACUGAAAGAAAACGAGAUCUGCGUCAUGCAGGGUGAAACAGUGCAGAUACUGGCCACUAAUCAGCAGAACAUGUACCUGGUGUACCGAUCCGCUAACAGCCAUUCGCCGGCCGCGGAGGGCUGGGUGCCGGGACACAUCCUGGGUCCCCUCGCUAAACCCCUCAUAGACACUACUGCAGACUCAAACAUCAAGAAAUCUCUCUCGUGGAACACACUUCGUGCUCGCAAGCGUGCAAAGAAGGACAGUGUGCCCCUCAAAAGUGACAUUAAUGUUGAGAAUGGACUGCGUAAGCCAAAGGAAAUUCUCAGCAGCAAAGUCACUGUGAAAGAUUCCCGCAGCUCAGAUGAGUCCGAGUGUGAGGAUGAACUAGACCCCAAAACUAGUAUGGAGUUACUGAAUCCUAAUUUCAUCCAGGAGGUGGCUCCGGAGUUCCUGACACCUCUAGCGGACGUGGCAUGUGCUCUGGGGGAGACAGUGGUUUUGUGCUGUAAAGUCUGCGCUCGACCCAAGCCCACAAUCACCCUGAAAGGACCCGAUCAAAGUCUGCUAGUCAACAAUAACCGAUUCACUAUCAAUAUUAGGGAAUCGGGUAAUAUAGUGUUGAAGAUCUGUAAUCUAAUGCCUCAGGACACUGGCAUCUACACGUGUGUGGCUGUGAAUGAUCAUGGCACUGCCUCCUCAUCUGCAUCUAUUAAAGUACAAGGUAUCCCAGCAGCCCCUGCUCGUCCUGUGGCACAGGAAGCCAGCAGCACCGCAGUGAUUGUCCACUGGCUUCCUCCAGCCAGCUCAGGCAACUCUGCCAUCUCCAGCUACAGUGUGGAAUACAGGCAGGAAGACUCUCUGGUGUGGCAGCAGUCGGUGGUCUCCACUGCAGACGUGUGUGUGAAGAUUGAGAAUCUGAUUCCUGGUGGCCAUUAUCAGUUCAGAGUCAGUGCCAGUAACCCCUGGGGCAUCAGCCCACCCAGUGAACCCUCAAACAUGGUGACAUUACCCAGCACAGCCUCAACUUAUGACGGCACUGGAAUCCAGUGGAAAGACAACUUUGAAUCUGCAUUCACAGAAUUGUGUGAAAUUGGACGGGGUCGUUUCUCAGUGGUGAGGAAGUGUCUUAGUAAGGCCAGUAAGAAGGAGGUUGCUGUGAAGUUUGUCAAUAAGAAGAUGCAGAAGAAAGACCAGGUGGCCCAUGAGGCUGAUAUCCUGCGUCACGUCCAGCAUCCGCAGCUGGUGGCCCUGCUUGGUACCUACGAGUCGCCCAAGGCCUACAUGCUGGUUCUUGAGCUUGUUGAGGACGGGCGUCUGCUGGACUAUCUGGUGGCUCACGAUGAGCUGAUGGAGGAGAAGGUGGCAUUCUUCAUUAAAGACACACUGGAAGCUCUGCAGCACCUGCACACAUGCAGAGUAGCUCACCUGGACCUCAAGCCUGAAAACCUGUUGGUGGACCUCCACGUGCCGGCGUCCUGCGUGAAGCUCUCAGAUCUGGGCGAUGCUGUACAUGUUUCGGGUCACCGCUAUGUGCAUCUCCUCCUGGGGAACCCUGAAUUUGCCGCUCCAGAGCUCAUCCAGGGCACCCCGGUGUCCCUGUCCACAGACGUGUGGAGUGUAGGGGUGCUGGCCUACGUCAUGCUCAGCGGAGUCUCCCCGUUCCUGGAUGAGAGUCUGGAGGAGACCUGCGUCAACAUCUGCAGGCUGGACUUCUGCUUUCCUGAGGAGUACUUCAGUGGCGUUAGCCAGGCCGCCAAAGACUUCAUUGUGUCCACACUUCACCAGGAUCCCAGGAAGAGGCCGAGCUCAGCUACAUGUCUGCAGCACCCGUGGGUCAGCGCUCAUAGUGGAGAUUACUCCAAAACACCGCUGGACACUGUCAGACUCGCUGCGUUUAUAGACCGCCGCAAACAGCUGCAUGAUGUCAGACCUGUCACAAACGUUAAAGGACUGGUCAGCAGCAGUAUGGGACACACCUUAUGAGAGGAGAACAUGGGCUGGAGGAAAGAGAUUCUAGCAUGUUACAUGCUGUACUUCAACAUUAGAUGUCAUUUACAUUAUAUCAUUUCAUUUGGAAUGUGCACUUACUGUACGCAGUGUUUCCUGCAGCGUUUCUUGGCCUGCUCCGUUAUGACUUGUUGCCCAGGGAGUUCAACACUUUUGAGACCUUUAGUGAUUAAUAGAUUGAGAAACUACAAGUAGACAGGAAUUGUGGGAAUCGCAGAGUUAGGAGUAGUAACACCAGUGAAUGUCAUAUUAAGGCUUAGGGUGAUGUGUUUUGGAACUUUAAGAGUCCUAAACAGACCAGUAGGUGGGUGUUGUUGUAUGUUCAGUUGUAUUGAGGGCUUUUACAGGAAAACUUUAACCAAAAACAACAAUUCUGCCAUCACUUACUUGUGCUGUUCCAGACUCCUAAGGUGUGCUAAAACAAAAAGAGAUUUGUUUGACGAAUGCACAUGCUGCUCUUUUCCAUUCAGUGAAAGUAAAUUGAAAAAGCUCUCAAAUCUCAUUUGUGUUCUCAUAUAUUCAAAUAUGGCACAUCAGGUUUGACAUCUAUAAUGCUGGAUGACUUUGGUUGUCUCAUUUCUCAUAACCAAUUUGCAUAUGUGGAAGUUCAAAUGUUAUUUUAGAGCUCCAGUGGGAAGAUAUAGAACAUUCAAUUCCUCAAUUUAAUGAUUCGUGUAGCUCGGUAUACAUCAGUACUCAUUCAAUUUCAAAUUCAAAUACGGGUUUGGAGCAACAUGAGAGUAAAUAAAUGAUGACAGACUGUUGACGGUUGACGAUUGGAUGUGAAAAGAAAUUUAGUUGUCCAUCAUCUUAGAGCAGAUAUAUUUUUCACAGAUUCAUUAAUUGAAAGAAUGUAGAAUAUUUGACAGGUAAGAAUUAUUGUACAAAUACCUGCAUGUAGAAAUAACUGACCAUCCACCAUUUAACCUGGAAUGUAUUCAGUUUUCAUAGUAUGGGAUCAUGAGUGUCAUAAUUGAUGUCAUUAGGCAUAACGAGGUCUAAAAACAGAGAGUGUUGUUUUCUUGUUUGUCUGAGUUUAAUAACUGAAAUUACAACAAUUUGCCGACUACCGUUAUUACGUUAUAACAUCCAAAAGUCUGUGAUUGAUACGAUUUUUUAAA